GCACUGUGGGUAAAAUAGUGGAGCGUCCAGCAGCAACACACGACAUUGAGGUUAGCCGGGUGGUGUCAAGCGAGUAUGACUGAGGCUGUGUCCAACCCGAUGGGGUCCCUGAACGUGGAGAGCUUCUCUCCGCAAGAGCGGCCCUCAGGGUCGGCGCCGCCAAGGACUUGCCCCAUGCACCAGGAGGCCAAACCAAGUGCGAUGGCCCCGCCUCCAGAGUGUCCAAUGCACAGGGCCUCUGCCACCGCUGCCGCCCCCCUGGCACCCGCCCCCGCCCCCGCAGACGCCCCCCCUGCUCAUCAGGACCGAGCCUACGAGUUUGUGGAAUGUCCCAUGAAGGCGGCCAAAGGAGGAAUCUCCGACAUAAACCCUGCAAACAUGAUGCCGCCACCCAAUCAGACGCCAGCAGAGGGGCAGCCCUUCUCCCUCUCUGUGGGGAGACAGGAGUCCACCAUCCCCCGCUCCGGCUCCGAGCAGAACUGGGUCUAUCCAUCAGAACAGAUGUUCUGGAACGCAAUGCUGCGCAAAGGGUGGCGCUGGAACGAGGGGGACAUCGAGCGAAAGGACAUGCAGAACAUCAUCUCGAUCCACAACCAGAACAACGAGCUGGCCUGGCAGGAGAUACUCAGAUGGGAGAAGCUGCACGCCAAGGAGUGUCCCUGUGGGCCGUCUCUGGUCCGCUUCGGGGGCAAGGCCAAGGAGCUGACUCCCAGAGCCCGAUUUCGUAGCUGGAUGGGGAAUGAGUUGCCGUUUGACCGACACGACUGGAUAGUGAAUCGCUGCGGUAAAGAGGUGCGCUACGUGAUCGACUACUACGACGCCGGGCUGGCCUCCAAACACACGGUUCUGGACGUCAGGCCCGCUCUGGACUCCAUCGGCGCCGUCUGGGACCGCAUGAGGGUCGCCUGGUUCCGAUGGACCUCCUCGUGAUCAUCAUCAUCAUCACCCUGACCUUUGACCUUUGACCCUCAGUUCAGUAGUGACUCUCCAUUGUCCAGACGGGCCGAAGAUGACACAUGGAUAUGCCAGAUGGAUGUGAUGGUUAUGAGCUGUAUACCAUGUAUAGAUAUGAAUAGUACUAGCAGGUACCCAGUUGACCACUCCACAGAUAUGAACACUAGGUAUCGCCACUCCAACAGGCUGAACACAGCAUUUGUACAUAUAUAUUUGUCUGCACGUGCUCCAUUUUGGUGUUCGUUGUGACAAAUCUGGGCAUAUCCAUCUUGCAUCUUUGCAUAUGAGGCCUCAUUUGACUUGGCUGACCUUGUUGCUUGUCGGCUUGACAUUACAUGUAAACAGUAUUGGGCGCUCCGCUGUGCUGUCAACCUGCACUUUCUGGUAUAAUCUGGUCUGAACUGCACGGUAGCAGGAGCAGUAUUAGGUAUUACGGAGGCAGGAGCAUACGAAGGACAAAAGACCAACAAAGGUCUGCAUGUAUUGCUUGGUGCGUGCACUCCCC